AUGGAUGGAUGGAUGGACGGAUCGGCGACAGCGGCGAGGCGAGGAAGGCGAGGCCCGCGGUGGGGCCCGGCGGGGUUGCACAAACGACGAGGCCUGUCGCCCCCCCCUCCCGGGCCCACCGGUCCCCGGGGCUCCCCCGGCCACGCCAUUCCAGUACGACCGUCCGCGCUGCACCGACUUCCACCGGCUAUCCCGGUGGGGCUGCGAAUCACGAAGCGCUGCGGGGAAAAGCGCCGUGAUGCGGGCGCGGCCCACCGUGCGAUGCACUGGGCGACCGGGAGCGGACCAUCGAGGUGCGAGAGGAGUUGCGUGGCCGGGCUGGCUUCUGGGACAUGGACUGCCAAAGCGAAGCAAAAGCGGCCGACGGCCAAAAGGGUGGUCGCGCUCAUUGGGGAGCUUUGGGCGGAAUCCGGGGCCUGCGAGGUUGACUGCUUUGGAAGGGAGUGCAGUAUAUGA